AUGAGUCAAACCCAGAACUCGCACAGUUCAGCCACUUCCCCUUCUCUAAAUCUGCCGAGAAGGCAGCGGUGGAACACAGACGACAUCCUCUGCAUGGGCGACGACUAUACCUACGCCGAUGCCGCAAAAGAGAUCACGUGGUUAUGGAACGAGUGGGCAGACAGUGCCGAGAACGUCCUUGGCGGGAUAAUCGAUCAGAUGGAAGAAGUGGACGUGUCAUACGACGACUACCUCGACUUCGUCAGACAACUCGCAUCAUAUCCCGCACGACCGGCCCUUCCCGCCGCCGCCGCAGACGCGCAAAACACGUCAGACCGACCGCUGAGCGGUGUCUGGAACGAGUGGGCGGACGUGGUUGAGAGGAUCGUAGACGAGAUGAAGAGGGCCGUCGAUCGGAGCGUUCCGCUGCCGAGGGAGCAGCAGACGCUAUGCGCCGGCAGAGCUUUCGACUCCAGCCUGGAUCUCUCGAACCAGGACCCACCGCCGAUGCAUAUGGCUGCUCAUUUGCGGGAGAUGUUGCGGGAUGGCACCGUCUCCCGCGAUGAGCUGGCCGAGUUCAUGGAGGAUCUGAGCCUUUAG